GUCCACGCGACUGUGACAUCACAGGAAAAGGGCCAGAAAAUUCUCUUCCUACUUUUGGGGGGUACAAGUGCUUCUUCCUCAAAGUUGGGCGAUAGUCCCGCCUGCUGUGCAUUCCUGCUGCGUCUCUGACUUGGAGGAAAUGCUGUCCUUCUGGGAUGUGGCCAUCGAGUUCUCUCCAAAAGAGAGGGAAUGUCUGGAGCCUGCUCAGUGGAAUCUGUACAGGGAUGUGAUGUUGGAGAAUUACAGCCACCUUGAAUUCCUUGGUCUUGCUGUCUCUAAACCACACCUGGUGACAUUUCUGGAGCAAAGACAAGGGCCUUCAAAUGGGAAGAGACAAGCAGCAGCUAUCGUGCACCCAGGAACAAAAUUCAGUGAGUAUCAUGUUUACGACAAGGCCAUUGACUGUAACUCACUACACAUUCAACACUGGAGAAUUCAUAGAAGGGAGAAGCGCUACAAGUGUGAAGAAUGUGGUAAGGCCCUUAGUUCUUAUAAAACACUUUCUAUACACAAGAGACUUCAUACUGGAGAAAAACCCUUCACCUGUGAAGAAUGUCACAAGGCCUUCUGUACUCGCUCAUCACUUUUUAUACAUCAGAAAAAUCACACUGAUGAGAAAACCUACAAGUGUGGAGACUGUGGCAGAUCAUUUUACUAUCCUUCACUGCUGAAGCAACAUCAGAGAAUUCAUUCUGGGGAGAAACCCUACAAGUGUGAAGAAUGUGGCAGAGCUUUUUAUGACCCUUCCUUACUGAAGAAGCAUCAAAGCACUCCUUGUGGAGGGAAACCAUACCAGUGUGAAGAGUGUCACGAGACGUUUCUUUACCACUCAUCCCUUAAGAACCACAAGGCAGUUCAUACUGGAGAGAAACCCCGCAGGCGGAAAGUACGAGGGAGAGGAUAUACUAGGCCUGCCUUCCUCUUUGAGGACAAGGCAGCUCAUACCGCAGAGGAAACGUACACGUGUGCAAAGUGUGGCAAGUAUUUUUACUCUGUUUCAUCCCUUAGAAAACACCAAAUCUUCCAUUCUGAAGACAGUCCCUACACGUGUGUAGAGUGUGGCAAAAGGUUCUCCUUCUUUGCACACCUUCAUCAACACCAGACAGUCCACACUGGAGAGAAGGCAUACAAGUGUGAGGAGUGCGGCAAAUGUUUUUCCACAUGUUCAUCUCUUAGGCGACAUCAACCAAUUCACUGUGAAGACAAUCCCUACAAGUGUGAAGAGUGUGGCAAAAGGUUUUCCUACUUUGCACACCUUCAUCAACAUCAGAGAGUCCACACUGGAGAGAAGCCAUAUAAGUGUGAGGAGUGUGGCAAAUGUUUUUCCACAUGUUCAUCCCUUAGGCGACAUCAAACAAUCCAUUCUGAAGACAAUCCCUACAAGUGUGCAGAGUGUGACAAACGGUUUUACUAUUCUAGGGAUUUUCAGGAACAUCAAACAAUUCAUACUGGAAAGAAACCCUACAAGUGUGAGGAAUGUCACAAAGCCUUUCGUUAUCACUCCUCCCUUAGGAAACACAAGAGACUUCAUACUGGAGAGAACCCCUACAAGUGUGAAGACUGUGACAGAAGGUUUUCCUCAUCUUCAACACUUAGACGACAUAAAACAAAAACAAAAAUUCAUUCUGAAGGCAAUUCGUAAAAGUGUGGGGAAUGUAGCAAAGACUUCGAAUCUUUAUAGCCUUACUCAACACAUGAUAUAGUUCAUACAGAAGAAAAAUCCUACAAAUGCCUUAAAAGUUUACUUCAUCAACCCUUAAAACACAUCAAAUGAUUCAUUCUGACUACAACCUCCAUGAUUGUGUAAAUUGUAGUAAAAAUCUUUGCUAACAAUUCAGAUCUUAUCAAACUCUAGUGAAUCCAUGGUGGAGAAUAUUAAGUUAAUCAUUUUGGAUGUCAACAUGAACGUUAGAGAAAAUAAGAGAGAAAUGAAUGAAUAUACCUCUAGAUUACAUGGUAAAUAAAGUCUGUGCUUCCAGCUUUAAUUUUCAUUCUAGUUAAUAGCAAAGAAAGGAUGCUGCGUGGGAAAGUUCUGCUUUUUAAAAAAUGUCUAAGAUGUGGCCAGCGAUAUAUGCUAACAAAGGUCGGGUUUGCCAUAUGUAUGAGUCAUUGUUUUCUUCCUGCUUGGAUUCUCUGUAGACCUGGUUAUUAAUCUCCUCAAAACAGAAGACAGAGAUUUCCUAAUGAAUAGAAUUGAUCUUAAUGGAUA